AGGUUAUAUAUUCUAGCCUUGAGGUUCGCAAUACAGAGGGCAUGAGCGAGAAAAAUGUCGUGAGCAAUUCAAUGGUGAUGAGUAGCUUAAAAAAUGAGACGUUUAGGUCCGAUAAGUUGGAGACUUGAGAUCUCUGAAAAAGUGGUAACAAGCACAUGACCCAAUCCUGAAUAAGGCUCCGCACAGCCUAUUUGUUGCAGUUUUCGACGAUGCUUAUCUAAGCGGGCUUCCUGAAUACUAGUUUUCCACGCUGUGUUUGGAAGCCAACCGCUGCUACACGAUGGGAGAUUACGUAAACAUCGGGGAGUCCGUCCCAGGGCAGGGCAGGAAGGUGAAGAGCUUCAUGGAGGAGUUUAUGCCCGCUUCGUUCGGAAAAACCGAAUCUGCCUUGCUACGUGAACAAGAAUACCGCGUUGGUGUGCUAAUGCGUUUUUAUUUGUUUCGUUCUAGUAGACAAAGUUCAUCUCGCUCCUCUUGUGUUCUCGAGUUAGUUUUCCUCCAAUGAAGAGUAUCAACAAUAACUGUCAUCCCAAUCAUUAAUAGGCGGAAUUUGUGAAGUGUAAUCGUCCACAAUGAUUCGUCAUCCUUGUGGAUGAUCGAUUUGCUUGUUUGCGCCUUCAUCUUGUAGAAAAUGCAGCCAUAACUUGCAUAAAUUGAAUUCUUGUUAUUCAUUUAGGUUUCACCUGGGACCGAUUGCAUGCUUACAAGACGAUUAUGGAGUUGCCGGUUAUGCCAGAAGCUAUGCCUCCAGGUCAGGUAUUGGAUGCAAAUGAUAUCCCGGGUUGCCGAAACGAGUACCACGGUUUGGAUAGGUGCAUGGUGGUAAUGACCGCGAACGAAACACGAGUAGAACCUUUUGCGCGCAUGAACGAGUGCAAGCCUUUCUUUCGGCUGUUCGAUAGGUGCACACGUCGGCGCGAUAGGAAAAUGGUCGAAAAAGUCAUGAAGCUAUGAACAGGGACUUCUACGUAAAUUCACAGGUCAAGUUGUACUAGGGUACACGGGCAAGAAGACCAAGACUUGCUCAUCCGUACGUGGGGAGGCUGAUGAAGUGUCUUUGUAUGUAUGUCGGAGAAAAUAAUCAGUUGAUCGAUAUUGCAAUGAACUGUAAUUAUGUCUGCCAGCACAAGUGCUGCGUUCUAAUACUAUGGGAAGGCCAACACUAUCAGGGACUGAGCGAGGCAGAGCGAAAAAGAUACGAUGAGGAGCUGCAAACUAAGCAUGAUUAUUUCUCGUACGCGAUCGAGCAUGACCCUACCCCAGCGUUGAAGGAGAAAGCGCAGCGUGACGCAUGCCAUAUGGAAUUUCGGUAUUUUUAGGGUAAUCAACGUAAAUUACUAAGUUGCUCGUUCUUGGAUUAGUGGAGGUUAUUUUCCGGCACUGAUGAAAUUGCUAGAAGUUGUCAAUAUUCAUGAAUCCUGUACUACAAGUCGUCUCGAAAUUCGAAAAAGACGUGGGUAUUUAUAAUGCAAUUAUUUUCCACCACCACCUACACCAAACCGUAACACAGUCGUGCGAACUUGGAGAAUAUUGACGACCCAACUGCGCAGAAAAAGCUGAAGCAGCGACUGAUGCAGUAUGUCCGGCAGGGUGGAGGUAAAAACAGCGCGUGGAACCGCAAACAAUGGGAGGCCCAUAGAGUGGAAUGGAACAAGCACUCGGAGAACGCCAACGCAACCUGGCGGCCAGCAGCGCAAGCAGCAAAAGCAGCUAAAGAGAGCGAAGACAUUCUGUUUUCCUACCGAAAGUCUGAAACAAGGGAUGCUGACAUAGGCGGCAGGACUUCCGUGGAUCCUGCAUCUUGGAAGAACAACCCAUCCUCGUCAGGUGGCGCGUCGGCGGCGCCACCUAGUGGUACGCCAAAUGCUUUUUCGAAUUCAAAUCCAGGGGUUGAAGAAGCUGUGGGUAGAGGUCAGUCAAAGCAUGCGGCGCCAAAAAACGUAUUCGAUGCAAAUUCUCCAAUGGCGGGUGGUUGAGCAAACCUAUUUUUGAUUUGGACUUUCUGGAUAUUUUUGUGGAACUACCACAACAUUUUGCGCGCUGAUUUAACGAUUGAAUUCUAGAAGCAGUUCUUAUUUGACGUUUUGUUCCAUUAUCGCUGCGGCAGGCCAAGAAAG